GAUUUAGAGAAUAUUCUAAAUACAUAUUUAUCUGAUCCAUGACUUUCGUAACUGUUGUUCGACUGAGCGAAGGGGUGGUUCGAUGUGAGUAUGACGCAAAUAAGCGCGCCAGGAAUUUCACGCUUUUCCCAAACACAUCCGUGGAUAGAUCAGCAGCGUGCAAUAUUACAUGAAGGGUGAUCAAAUUACUGCCGAUAUAAGACGAAUUCUCGGUUGGCCCUUGAAGUACAGUUCAUGCAUCAUUACGCGCGCACACUUGGGCUAAUACGAAACGGAAUGAAUAUAUUAUAAUGGCCGCUGAUAAGCUAAAGAAACUCGAGGCGAGGGGACGGGCUGCGUUUCUUCAUGGUGAUGUCGGCGCUGCGACAAGAUACUUCUUGCAGGCGUUGGAGAAACAGAACAGUCCUGAGAACAAGAAAACGAAGCCAUCGACGCCAAAAGUUAAACGCGAUAAACUGCGGAGUAAGUCACUAAAUGUCCUGAACAAUAACGAUGAAGAUCAAGUGUGGAUAAUGCAAGCCAACACACAGGAAAGACGGAACAAGAAAAAUGAAAAAGAGCAUGGAAAGAAAAAGAAGGAAGAUAAAGAAACCAGCGUUGAAAUGCUGGAUGGAAUCGUCGCUGAUGCAAAUAAGGCGAUCCAAUCAUUUCCAAGCUACCCAAUGGGAUAUCUGAGAAAAGCGUCGGCAUUAAUUCUGUUGAACCACUGGGAGGAAGCGAGACAAACGUACACAACUGGGCUGGAAAAUUGCUCAGAGUGUGGUCUUCUAAAAUCAGCGUUGUACAACCUGAACAAGACUCAUAAGAUCACGUCAUGUGCUGCUAAUCUAGAUACGAAGCAAUUAUCAGAUCUUUUGAACGAUAAUAGUCCUUCACAAACACUCACACCGCCAAACCCAGCAGCAAUGAGAAGACACAAGUUUCGGUUGCAAGGUCAAAGACGACUCACGAAGAAGAUUUUUCCCCGAGAAUCAGAGGCCCUUUCAAUCCCUCAGAUUCAGGCGACCUCUUUUCGUAGAAGAAAUUCUUCAUCAACAGACACUCAUCUGUGAUGAGGUUUGAAAGAAGGCGACAGACUAAAUGAAGAUGGCCUUCCGUUGGCAGAUGUAAAGAGCAACGCGCUCUAACAUCCUUCAUCUUGGAAGCUUGUCGGGCACAUCGUGUCAAGCUGAUGUCUUUCGGGAAUUUCCUACGAAGCUCUCGCUUCCAUGAUUUCUCAGCGAAUGAAGUAAAGUUGAGUCUCAGAAGAAAAGUUAAUCUCGAAUCGUUCAAAGGAAGGAAUGUUGUGGUGUGAUGCAAAAGCGCAGUUACAGCUUGGACCUGCUUGUCAAUCUUGCGAUAAAUGCUGACCACUGCAAGCAAGAAACAGGACAUAUAUACGAACACAGUCUGGCGACAGCUUCUUCCUCUUGUGGCAAAAGAGCAUUGUGACGUUCACCUGGAUUACAAAGAACUUUUGUAUUGAUUUUGUUGUCAUCUAUUUAAAUCUUAAAUAAACCUGUUUUAGAUUUGUUAUAUAUCUGUAAAUAGUUUGUAUAAUAACGAAAUUAUUUAUUCUAAGAGA